CGCACACGUCGUCGAGCACACGCGCGCGUCAACGCCCGGCGCAGCCGCCGCCCCACCACCGACGUCGCGACCGCGCGUAUCCUGGGCAACGGGGCGCCCGCGCGAAGCCGGUCGGCCACGUCAGCCGGUCGUACGCCGCCGCCAUCGGUCGCUCGCCGCGCACCGAACACACGACGACACCGCACCGGACGCCACAGCCGGUCGCAUUGUGCCCGCGUUCGUCCCGUCGUUCGUACGUGUGAGUGCGUGUGUGCGUGUUUUGCGUGCGCGAGUGACCGAUCGAUAAACCGUGGAACUCUCGUGCGCUCUCUGCCCAAAAGCAAAACCAUCGCCGCCACGCUUAUCACGCGCACGCGGCCCACUCGGAUUGACGUACGGCCGCCGCCGCCGCUGUUAUCGUAUAACCGCCGGCAAAUCGACUGAUAACGCACAAAUACGCAGUUCAGUAAAUUUAUACAAACGAAAGAUAUGACAGUAUCGAAAAUAUGCUGUAUAGGUGCUGGUUACGUCGGUGGACCUACGUGCAGUGUGAUAGCAUUGCAAUGUCCACAUAUUAAAGUCACUGUCGUUGAUAUAAGUGCUCAUCGAAUUGAUCAAUGGAACUCGGAGAAAUUACCGAUUUAUGAACCUGGACUCGAUGACAUUGUAAAAAAACAAAGAAAUGUUAACUUGUUUUUUUCUACAAAAAUAGAAGAAGCGAUCGAUGAAGCAGAUUUAAUAUUUAUUUCCGUUAACACUCCUACAAAGACAUUCGGUGUGGGCAAAGGACGUGCCGCUGAUUUAACAUACGUUGAAAAUUGUGCUCGGACCAUUGCCCAAGUAUCAACUAGUGAUAAAAUUGUAGUGGAAAAAAGUACGGUACCGGUGCGUGCAGCUGAGAGCAUAUUAAAAAUAUUAAGUGCCAAUCAUAAGCCAAAGGUUAAAUUUCAAGUAUUAUCAAACCCUGAAUUUCUAUCUGAAGGUGUAGCUGUUGAAAAUUUGUUAAAUGCAGAUCGAGUUCUUAUUGGACACGAAGAAACGGCCGAUGGCUUAUUGGCUUUUAAAGAACUUAGUAAUAUUUAUUUGAAUUGGAUACCCGAGAAAAAAAUUCUUAGAACCAACACUUGGUCAUCAGAACUAACUAAAUUAGCAGCCAAUGCGUUUUUAGCACAACGAAUCUCUAGUAUUAAUUCUAUGUCAGUAAUAUGUGAAGUGACUGGUGCAGAUGUUAGUGAGGUAGCCAAGGGCAUUGGCCUUGAUUCCAGAAUUGGUUCUAAAUUUUUACAAGCAUCUGUCGGAUUUGGUGGAAGUUGUUUUCAAAAAGAUCUGCUCAAUUUAGUAUAUAUAUGUGAAUGUUUAAAUAUUCCUCAAGUGGCUGCUUACUGGCAACAAGUUCUCGACAUGAAUGUAUAUCAAAAGUCUCGCUUCUCCAAUAAAAUUAUUGAAUCUUUAUUCAAUACGGUUACUGGUAAAAAAAUUACCAUGUUCGGAUUCGCAUUUAAAAAAGAUACCGGCGAUACUCGCGAGUCGCCUGCUAUACAUGUUGCUAAGACUUUACUUGAUGAAGGAGCCCAGCUAAAUAUUUAUGAUCCAAAAGUGGAACCUGAACAAAUAGUGAAAGACCUUACUCAUCCAUAUGUGACUGAUAAUCCAGAAAAAGUAAUAAAAUCCAUCGAAAUACAUGAUAAUCCUUACACGGCUUCGCAUCAUACACAUGCUAUUGUGAUAUGCACUGAAUGGGACAUAUUUAUGGAAUUGGAUUACGAGAAAAUUUACAGUAAUAUGGUUAAACCGGCAUUUAUUUUUGAUGGCCGCAAGAUUCUUGACCAUGACAAAUUGACUACGAUUGGUUUCCAAGUGCAUACCAUUGGAAAACGUUAAUAUUUAACAUCUAAUGCAUUCUUUGUCUUCCAUUUGAACAUAUCAAUGAAGUAUUCUUGCCAGUUGCCAGUGAAGAAAAUAAUUUUAAAAUUUAUUUUUAUUUUUAUACAUUUUUACAUUAUGUCAUAUCUUAAUCUUUUAUAAAUU